AUGGCGUCCGCUGCUCAAUCGCCUAUUUACCGGGCCACGACCACUGCUCCUGUCAACAUCGCGGUCAUCAAAUACUGGGGCAAGCGUGAUACUACUCUCAACCUCCCAACCAACUCUUCCCUCUCCGUGACACUCUCACAAAAGUCUCUGCGCACUUUGACCACCGCUUCCGCCAGCGCAGAUUACCCCGCCGAGGAUACCUUGACCCUGAAUGGCAAACCUCAAGAUAUCCAGUCCUCUAAGCGUACACUUGCCUGCCUGUCAAGCCUACGUUCUCUUCGUCAGGCCCUUGAAGAUGCCGACGCUUCGCUUCCCAAGCUUUCCACCUUCCCCCUCCGAAUUGUUUCCGAAAACAACUUCCCUACUGCUGCUGGCUUAGCCAGUUCCGCUGCUGGGUUUGCUGCCCUUGUGCGUGCAGUGGCCAACCUUUACCAACUCCCCCAGUCGCCACAAGAAUUGAGCCGUAUCGCCCGUCAAGGCUCAGGCUCUGCCUGCCGCUCGCUCAUGGGCGGCUACGUUGCGUGGCGCACUGGCGAGCAAGUCGACGGGAGCGACAGCUUGGCAGAGGAGGUGGCUCCAGCCUCUCACUGGCCGGAGAUGCGGGCUCUGGUCCUUGUUGUCAGCGCAGAGAAGAAGGAUGUGCCCAGCACCGAGGGCAUGCAGACCACCGUCGCGACCUCGGACCUCUUCGCCACCCGUGCCCAGACGGUCGUGCCUGAACGUAUGGAUGCCAUUGAAGCCGCUAUCCGUGACCGAGACUUCCCCAAGUUCGCCGAGAUCACUAUGCGUGACUCGAACACCUUCCAUGCCACAUGCCUGGACUCCUGGCCCCCCAUCUUCUAUAUGAACGAUGUCUCUCGCGCGGCAGUCCGCCUCGUGCAUGACAUCAACCGCGCAGUUGGCCGCACUGUGGCUGCCUACACAUUCGAUGCCGGCCCCAACGCGGUGAUCUAUUAUGAGGAGAAGGAUUCUGAGCUGGUCGCUGGUACUGUCAAGGCCAUCCUCGGAUCCAGUGCUAGUGGCUGGGAGGGUCCUUUCUACGAGCCUCUGGCCCAGCUGAACACUCCCGGUGUCGCCCUGGACAAGAUCGAUACUCGCGUUCUGGACGUGCUGAAGAGUGGCGUGAGCCGUGUCAUCUUGACUGGCGUUGGGGAGGGUCCCGUGACUGUUGAGGAUCACCUCGUUACCGAGAAGGGAGAAGCCAUCAUCAACUAG